AUGACGCGACUGCAACUUGUCGUGUUAACCUUGGUUCUAUUUUGCAUAAGCGAUUUGACAUUGGUAAAUUAUCUCCCGGCACCCUGAUAACGGUCACCGGCGAAUUGAAGGAGACAGAGGGUCACCGUUGGAUCGAAUGCGAAGG